AUGCCUCAGAUACCAACGCCUCCUGCAUCGCGACCAGGGUCGGAGGCUCCUGAGGUGGAGAUCAAGCCCGCGGAGGCCCCGGGAGCUUCAACGGAGUUGCUCCAGUCGUUGGACAUCCUUCUGGAACAGUACUUGCACUUGCUUGAUCGACAGCAGGAGCUACAGUCUGGGCUAGCAAAACAAUUGUCUUCGGGAUUUCUUGCCCUCGCCCAUGCAAACUACACCUGUCCUCCCGGCCGACGAUAUGGCGCGGACUACUAUGAUGAACGGAUGAAGGCAACCAGGAAGAUUUCGGUCCAAAGGAGACCUGAAGAUGACAACGAAGCUACCGACUCGACAGAGGCUAGCAGAACCCCGUCGGAGGCUGAGUACCAGUUCAACAUCGAGUACACUCCGAGCUGCACGCCCGAAGAGCCAGCCGAGACAAAAGACAAAUUGCAGUCCGAAGACUCCAAACUCCAAAAGACAUCGAAACUCGACACUGGGAUCACGACCGAGAGUGAUUCACCAGUUGAGGAUUCCGUCCCCAACAAAUCCUCAGUAGAGUCCAAGGCCCCCAAGAAGUCUAGACCCAGUGAUCCUAUAUAUUGGUACGGAAUCUUGGUGCCGCCAUCAUUACGCACUGCUCAAAAGUCGUUUACCGACGGUAUUCAAAACGAGGUACCUGCAUUGGCGGCCGUGGUGGUCGAGAUGCAUGGUCUAGAGGACAAGAUUAAUAAGAUACGGACUGAGCUUGGAAGCUAA